UUGCACAGGCACACGACGAUUGUGCUUCUCGGACUUGAGCAUUCUGAAGUGGCAUGUCUCCGCUGUGCUCGAAGAAGGUGAAGGGCUGGUACGUGCACCACCCGGGCCAGGUGAUGGACGCGCAGAGGAUCUGCGAGAUCAUGGGCGACGGAGUCCUGAUUUACGAGGCACAGUCGAAGGAAGAUGGCGAUAACAUCUUGAGGAAAAUCAAGCAGCAGCGACACAUCCGAAGUGAGGAUCGUCUCUACAUAUCGCCAAAAAGGGAAGACUACAAAUCCACGGUGGUCCGCAUCUCGCGAGAGCACAAGCACCCGGACGAGGAGGUGCGCUACUUCGAGAAGGGCACGGGUUACUUGGACGUCAGGGACCCCUCGGACCAAUGGCUGCGCAUCCAGGUGUACCCCGGCAACCUGAUCGUGCUCCCACCGGACGUCUACCACAGGUUCUACCCGGUCACGGAUAAGGAGGAAAUCGUCGUGAGAAGAAUGUUCGGCGAGGUGGACGUAUGGACAGCAGACUUUAGGGAGAACUGAAGGGUGCCUCAUUCGUUCAAAGUAGCUUACCGGCUGCCGAGAUGCCCAUAGGGCCAAAUACAAGAUACGUCAUCCAUGUAACGUUGAUGACGUUCAAAUCCGUCUGUCGCCGUCUCCCCGGGACCUUUGUCAGCGUUCCCCCCUCUUUGGCGACGACUCCCAGCAGAAACUGAUGUGGGGUCUGUCACAUAGGGCGGAUGCAAAACAGGAGAUUGGCGAAUUGUUGGGGAGCAGAAUGAAGCAUUUGCUCUAUGUAAACAAAGUAUUGGAAAUAAACGAUUUUAGGAGUG